UGUCUGGUGACGUAUCCGCGCUGGAAGUGGUAACGGUCGUCGGAAGGGCGGUGUGCGCAGGCGCGGCGCUGACAGCCGCACUCUACCUGAUCCGCAGAGUGUGUUUAAUAAUGGCCUGGAAAUCUGGAGGAGCGAGCCAUGCAGAGCUCGUCAACAACCUCCGCAAAAAUGGGAUCAUUAAAUCGGACCGUGUGUAUGAAGUUAUGUUGGCCACAGACCGUGCCCACUUCUCCAGAUGUAAUCCAUACAUGGACUCGCCACAAUCUAUAGGUUACCAAGCAACAAUCAGUGCACCACAUAUGCACGCGUAUGCUCUAGAGCUCCUCCAUGAUCACCUGUAUGAAGGAGCAAAGGCUCUGGAUGUGGGAUCAGGCUCCGGAAUCCUGUCUGUCUGCUUCGCCAGAAUGGUUGGGCCGAAGGGGAAGGUGAUUGGCAUUGAUCAUAUAAAGGAGCUUGUGGAGGAUUCUAUAACUAAUGUAAAGAAAGAUGACCCUAGUUUGAUCUCUUCAGGGAGAGUCAAACUCAUUGUCGGAGAUGGAAGAAUGGGCUAUGCAGAAGAAGCACCUUAUGACGCCAUUCACGUCGGUGCCGCAGCCCCCACAGUGCCACAAGCAUUGCUGGACCAGCUAAAGCCAGGUGGGCGUCUGAUUCUUCCGGUGGGGCCAGCAGGAGGGAACCAGAUGCUGGAGCAGUAUGACAAAUUGGAGGAUGGCAGUACCAAAAUGAAGCCACUGAUGGGCGUGAUUUACGUGCCUUUAACAGACAAAGACAAGCAGUGGUCAAGGUGGAAGUGACUUCCUGUCCUCUGUCCCCUCUCUCUUCUAGGGCACAGGGAUGAACUUUGAAAGGAUGAUCUGGCAAUACUCAUCGCACCACAUGCGCACUCACACAAACACACACAUCCAAAUGGACUUCACUGAGGAGAGCUUGUAUAAAUGCUCUAUUUCCAUACCUGUGACAGUCUGACAGUCAUGAAAGAUGGAUGUAUUGAUCAGAUUAUUUUAUUUAAAAAGGAAAAAAAGUGGAAUAGGGCUUUAUGCUGAGAUUUUCAUGCCUGCAGUUUGAGAAUUGUGUGAAUGCAGGUUUUUUUUUUUUUUGACGCGCAGGUGCAUAUUUCUUGUGUUGACUUCAGUAUUACAGUCAAUUGGUUUGUUCACGCAUCUCAGCGUAAUGUAAACAGAACACAGCGUGGGGGCGGCCUUUGUGCUAAAUCCAGCCUGUGAUUAAAACAUACUUCACUGCUACAUAAUGUGUAGGGAUGUCUUUGCUCUCCAAAUCCGUGUUAAUAGUAAUGGCUUGUGUUUUCAGCUGAAGCAUGUGAUGCCCAGGCAGAAUAAACCACUUUACAUUUGACAGUUCCAUCAGAGGAUUCUAGAGUACCGCAGUAAGGCACAACAGGCAUGUGUUACAAUCAUUUUACCACGGUUAUGGGAUGUUCUUUAGUCUGACGCAAAGCGAAUAUGUUUAACCGUCAUAAAAUCAGUGUGUAACACAGAAUCUCAAAUGGCUCAGUAUGGGAUAACCUACAGUCAGCUGGUUAUUAUAGCAAAACCCUAAGCAGUACUGUUAUUCCUGGAUGCUUUUCAAUAAUUGAAAAGUUGAAACUAUUUUAAUAUGUGAGAAGAAAGUGUGCAGAAUGAUAUGAGUAAUUGUUUAUCUAGGACAAUGUUCUAUCAUUCACUUUGGUGUUAUUACAAAAAUAUGUAUAAACCACAGAAUGCUGCCACUGACCAAUCACAAUCAGGUAUUCCAGAAAACAGAGUCUAAUAAUUGAUUUUGGAGCGGCAUCAACGGCAGUAUAAGAAAAGACUGCAAUGUUCAUUAAAUAACUACAUUUAUUAAUUAUAACAAUGUAAUUAUAAAAACAUUUCUCCUGGCGGGUAAUAUAGUCCAUUAGCUUAAAACUUUAGACUGUUUACAAUUGCUAAGCAAUGCAGCAACAUUAAUAUAGACUGAUGGCCACAGGCGUGUUCAUAGGUGUUUUGCAACGGGUAUUUUACAAGGCGUAUCCAAUCAGACUCUACAGUCUGAACUAUGGUUUACAUGUUGUAUAAAUUGACAUUUUAGAAAUCAGUUCUAGAAUACUAAAAUACUUCUGUGAUGAUUUACUCAUGUUGUUCCAACCUAUUAUUAUUUUCUUUGUUUUGUGAAACACAAAAGAUGAUUUUCCACAUGAUGAAAUUUGAUCAGCCUUUUAAAAGUUUGUUUUAAAUUCAUAAUCGUCGCCCUUAGGUUUGAUGCUGUUGGACCCCAAACAAUGGUUCUCGUGUUCUUGGCAAGUAUGACAAGUGUGGGAAUUAAGAGCAACUGUAUGGCGCAAGGGAAGAUUGAAUCUUCAGACUUGGAGUAGAGCACAUGGAUGGUGUAUGGAUGGAAUACUUGUAUGGUACUUUUGUUUUCUUUGAGCUUGACAGCAGAAAUCAUCAUCUACUUAAUAUGGCCAACACAAUCGUGAACGUUUUGCUUAUUUCACAGAAGAAAGAAAAUCGUAGAAGUUUGGAAUGAUAUGAGCAGAGUUGGGUCACAAGUUCAGAGCACAAGUGUAGCAGUUUUACUGCUCACUAUGAAAUGUGUUUCACAUCACUGCAGAGCUCAACAUAAGCUUGCCUAUAUUAUCUUAACGUGCAGCAAGUAAAGUCCCACUCAGAUCCACACUGGCAUACACAGCAUUGAGCUAAACCUUCAGUGGUCAUUUUGAUUGUAAGCGGUUUUCAAUGCCAAUUCUCUGUGCAUGUUUGUGUGUUACCUGCACGCACAAACGUGGCUUUUGACAAAUAAACUCACUGCUAAGCAAUGA